AUGGGCAAAACACUGGAAUACCCCAAGGAAUCCGCCAACACGAUCAACCGGUAUAAAGAGAGGGGAAAAUAUGACUUACAAACCAUCCACCAGCUCAUCAACACCUCUCCCGUCCUGCACGUCUCGUUUGCCAACGACACCGACGAGGAUGGCUUCCCCGCCCUCCUCCCCAUGAUCGGCCAGAUGGGCUCAUUCGCCUAUCCGUCCGCCGGUAUCGACGAACCCCUCGAUCUCUACCUACACGGCUACGUGAGUUCUAGAAUCAUGAACCUUGCCAGGAAAAAACAAGGCGAGGGAGAAGUCACCAGCAACGAGGCCUCCGGCAUGGCAGUCAGCAUCGCCGCCACCAAGGUGGACGGGCUCGUUCUCUCCCUCACCCCAAACAGCCAUAGCUACAACUACCGUUCGGCAGUGGUACACGGGUACGCCUGUCUCGUCUCCGACCCGGAGGAAAAGAUCUACGCCAUGCGCCUGAUCACAGACUCCGUCCUGGACAACCGGUGGGCGAAUACUCGCACACCCCCCGAUAAGAGCGAGAUGAGCUCCACCUCCAUCCUGCGCGUGAGGGUCGUCAACGCCAGUGCCAAAGUGAGGGCUGGCGCUCCCCAUGAUGACAGGAAGGAUACCGAGCGGGCGGAUCUCGUCGACUCGGUCUGGACGGGCGUCGUUCCCGUUUACGAACGCUUGGGCGACCCCGUGCCUUCUCUCGAUAAUCGCGUCGACGAGGUGCCGGGGUAUAUUCGUCAGUAUGUAGAGAGAGUCAAUCGAUUGAACGAAGACUAUGCCAUGAGUGUUACUAGAGAUAAAUAG